UGUCAGAUCGGCUCCUUUUCACCAGAUUUGAAGCUUCGAACUCAAGUGCUGGUCAAAUAAAUAAGCUUGAACUUACGUCUUAAUCAAGAAUUAAUAAAUUACCCGGAAUUGGUGCCUGUUGGACGCGCUCAUGUCCGAUAAUCCUUCUCGAAUUUUCUAAAUUGAAAACCCCAUUACCCUCUCCCCUUGACCGAAAAAGCUCCUUUCCAAGUCUGUCCGCCAUAAAAGCCUCCUUCUUGUUUCCUAGCUUAGAUCCCAUUGGUCGAGGGAGAAAUGGGCGGCCUUCCUCGGCUGUUCCUGGUAAUCAUAUUCGGUGCCGCCGCCGCAUCAUGGGUGGUGGAGGCUCAGCCACAGGCGAGAUUCAAAUGCAGCUCGGAAGGCAAAACAUGUCGUUCCCUUGUGGAUUACUCGUCCCCAAAUGAAACCACUUUAGGCCACAUUCAAAAGCUCUUCAACUUGAAGCACGUUCUGGACAUAGUGGGCGCUAACGCCUUCCCCUCGACCACCCGAGGCAACCGCACCGUCGGCAAGGGUCAAAUUAUUAAAAUUCCCUUUCAGUGCCGGUGCGCCAACGGCACCGGCUUGUCCAACAAGACGCCUCUCUAUACCAUCCGGAAAGAUGACACGCUUUCCCACAUAGCCAUGGGGGUGUUCUCGGGUUUGGUCACUUACCAGCAGCUCCAAGCGCUCAACAACAUACCCGACGCUACGCUAAUUCAGCCCGGCCAGAAGGUGUGGAUCCCUCUCCCCUGCAGCUGCGAUCAGGUGGACGCCACGGAUGCCGUCCACUAUGGACAUCUCGUGGCUCGCGGCAGCUCCUUUCAGCAGAUUGCUUUACAGUACGGCACCACCCAGGACGCCCUUCUCGAUCUCAACAACAUUUCUGAUCCCAAGUCCCUUCAAGCCGGUCAAAUAAUCGAUGUUCCUCUCAAAGCUUGUUCCUCCUCGACGGUGAAAAAUGACUCCUUGGACUAUCCUCUGCUCGUUGCAAAAGGCAUGGACACCUACACUGCCAAUGGUUGCGUCAAGUGCAGCUGUAACAACGCCGCCGAUAACGCCACAUUACAAUGCGAGCCAUCCCAAGUUAAGCCAUAUAAAUGGGAUACAUGCCCGUCUAUGCUAUGCGGCAAUUCAACCAUUGGCAACGUCACUUCUGCAGCUUCCUGCACUCGCACCAUCUGUGCUUACGCUGGUUAUAACAACCAGACUAUUUCCACUGCUCUUUCCAACGAGUCCACUUGUUCUGCACCAACAGGAUCAGGAGCGUCGAGAAACAGCUUGCAAGGAUGGGGUUGGAAUCAUCUUUUGAUGCCUCUUUAUUUUCUUUUCUGUCUAUCUUUUCUAGUGAAUUCAAAUGCCACGUGUCCGUAGUUCUGAUGGGCUAAUCCAAUAAUCCAUUACCCGUCCAUCCUGUUUCUUUAUGAAUUCUGAAUUUUGAUGGAGCAUGUAAUCAUUUGUGUUUGAUUGUAGCAGAAGUAAUAAAAGAACCGUUGUGUUUCAAUUUCA